GCCGGGCUCCGGUACCCCGAGUGCGGCAGGCACCGGCGCCGCGGGGACCCGGAGCACUGGCACCCCAGGGAGGGGUGCGGAGCAGGGGCACCUGCAUCCCCGGGUGCUGCAGGCACCGGCAUCGUGGCCACUCGAGGCACCGGCGUUCCGGGUCGCGUGAGAUCAUCAGCCAGGGGGAAAGUAGGCAUCCCGGGAAGCCGGGGUGCCAGCGCCCCCGGGCAUUUCGGGGGUCAGCACCCUGGGCCGCGGCAGGCACCGGGGCCACCGGCAUUCCCGGGUGAGAGGGCAACCAGAGCAGCGGCAUGCGGGGGUGAGGAUGGAUGCGGGCAGCGGCACACCGGGAUGAGCGGGAAGGGAGACACCGACAUCCUGGGAUGAGCGGGGAGCCGCCGUGCCAGCACCCGCAUCCCGGGAUGCUGCUGGGACUCGGGCCACAGGGAUGCCCCUAUGCAUUCCUCCGCAGGUGGGUGUAGGACGGUCCCUCUCCCUGCAGCCUUCCUUCGCCGGGGGCUGCAUUCUCCUCUUCCCCAGGGAACGGGGAAGGGUGCGGGGAUCCCUUCAGGAGAGCCGCGCACACGCUGCCUGGGGUCUGGGAGCGGGGACUGGCACAAGGCAUCUGCAUCAGGCACUGGGCUACCCGCCGGCAGCAGAAAGCCGAGCUGCUGGUAAUCCCUACUCCUGCCUUCCGGAACGAGCUGGGAGUUCCCCCCCGUCAUCCACAUCCCCAGCCCUGGGCAUUUGGGUGGCCUCGGCGUACAGCUGCAGCUUGUGCUCUGCCUGUGGCAGCAGCCAGCAGUGGUAAUCUCCCCUCCACCCUCCCCCCUGACCGUCUGCCAACCCCCCGCUAAUGGAAGGGCUUGGUCCUGAGCAUCUUUAGGUCGAUGGGGACAGGGACGCUCAGCAAUGGGGAUAAGGCUAUGCAGGGGCACUUUUGGAUGACUAGAAAGCAGGUGUCUCCCCAGUCCUGCCCCGGGACACCAUCCUGCAGGUCCUCCAGCCCCACUGCCCCACCCGGGAACCCAAGCUUUUCCCCAUCCCCAUGAGCAUCCAAUACAGGACUUCUCCAGAGGUUUGCAGCCACGAGCCCUGCACCCCUGGGACGUGCAGAGUGGCAAGCCGGGGAUGACAGGGCAUUCGGGACUAAGCUACAGGCAAGGAAUAAGGGUUUCCUCCUCUCCGUGUUUCUAAUGGCUCCUUUGAGACAAGCCACACGACUCCCCGCUGGGAAGCCUCGCUGAGCUGGUGCUUCGUGCGCCCUCUCACCCAGGAGCACCCAGAGCGGAGGAGCCAUGCCUCCCCUCCAGCCCUGCCGUGUCUCAUCCACAGGUGGAACCAGCUCCUGCUCUGCUGAUCAUGGUCAACAAGACCUUAACUUACUGGGGUCCCAGCUUUGAGGAGGAUGUGAUCAACAUCAACGUGGGGGGUCUGAGAAGGCGGCUCAGCUCCAGCGCCCUCUCCAAGUUCCCCGACACGCGCCUGGGACGCCUGCUCUCCUGCGACUCCGAGGAGUCCAUCCUGCAGCUCUGCGAUGACUACGACGUGAGCGCCAGGGAGUUCUACUUCGACCGGAACCCAGGCUUCUUCCUCUACGUGCUCCACUUCUACCAGACAGGCAAGCUGCACGUCAUGGAGGAGCUCUGCGUCUUCUCCUUCUGCCAGGAGAUCGAGUACUGGGGCAUCAACGAGUUCUUCCUGGACUCCUGCUGCAGCUACCGCUACCACGAGCGCAAACUGGAGAGCUGGCAUCACAACUGGGACGAGGAGAGCGAGGUCAGCAGCGUGGACACGUCCCCUGACGAGAUCUCCGACAUCAACCACGACCUGCUGCGCUACAGCACGCUGCGCUGCGGCAACCUGCGCAAGCGCCUCUGGCUCACCAUGGAGAACCCCGGCUACUCCAUCCCCAGCAAGCUCUUCAGCUUCGUGUCCAUCAGCGUGGUGCUGGUCUCCAUCGCCACCAUGUGCAUCCACAGCAUGCCCGAGUACCAGCAGGUGGAUGAGAACGGCCACGUGCUCGAUGAACCCAUCCUGCACAAGCUGGAGUAUUUCUGCAUCUCCUGGUUCACCUUCGAAGUGUCUUCCCGUCUCCUGCUUUCCCCCAACCCCAGGAAGUUCUUCAAGCACCCUCUGAACCUGAUUGACAUUGUCUCGGUGUUGCCCUUCUACUUCACCCUCAUGGUGGACUUGACCAUGGGCAGUGACUCAGAGCUGGGCAACCUGGGCAAGGUCGUGCAGGUGUUUCGGCUCAUGAGGAUAUUCCGGGUGCUGAAGCUGGCUCGGCACUCCACUGGGCUGAGGUCUCUGGGGGCCACCUUGAAGCACAGCUACCGGGAGGUGGGGAUCCUGCUGCUCUACCUGGCCGUGGGGGUCUCUGUCUUCUCUGGUGUGGCCUACACUGCUGAGAAGGAGGAAGACGUCGGCUUUGACACCAUCCCAGCGUGCUGGUGGUGGGGCACGGUCAGCAUGACCACGGUGGGCUACGGUGAUGUGGUGCCUGUCACCGUGGCGGGCAAGCUGGCCGCCUCAGGCUGCAUCCUGGGGGGCAUCCUGGUUGUGGCACUGCCCAUCACCAUCAUCUUCAACAAGUUCUCCCACUUCUACCGCAAGCAGAAGGCGCUGGAGGCAGCUGUGAGGAACAGUGGGAAGAAAACCCCUGAGGAUGUGGAGAGCACCUGCAGCCAGGACCGAGACUCAGAGGCUCUGAGCGAGACCUCCCUGGGCAGAGGCAGCCCUGACCGCCGCGGUCUGACCCCCAGUGCCCACCUCACACCCUGACCCCAUGGCACACGUGGGACUCACGUUCUCACUGGGGGCACGGCUGUGGCAACAGGACACGGUGGGGGAACCAGUCUCUCCCUAUCUCACACAGCACCUGGCAUCAAUCCCUCAGUGAAGGACAGAAGGGUUUGGAGGAGAUGCCCAGCGGGUGCCAGCUGCUGCCAGUCCCCAGGAAGCAGUGUCUGGGUCUUCCUGGACAUGUCUCAACCUUCACCCAGCCAUGGUGGCCCUGCUCCUCUGUGGCUGCGAACAGAGGCUGUGGCACUGGAUGUGCCCUGGCAGAAAGGCAGUGAAACAAAAAGAAAUGCAGGUGACCCCUGACAGGCCCUGCCCUGGCUGUGUGGAGAAGACUUUCCUCUGCUCUGAGGUUCUGUGCUGUCCAGGAUGAGACUGAAUAGCUGGAAGGUGAGGCAGCCCCUGACCAGGCUGGCUGCCCUUGCAGGUUCUGUGCCAGGUUGGUAUCAGCUCCAGCCCCAACCUCAUCCUACCCACAGCUGGAAAUGGCCUCCAAAGGCUCAGCUGCCCUGACAGCUGUAGGGGGAAAGGGGGUUGGAAAUUAAUCUGUAUGAGAGGGGAGGUGGUGUCCAGCUCAGGGUGAGUCCCACUGUCCCCAGCCCCUGCAGUGGGAUCAACUGGAACUCACCUUCCACUGCAGCUGGAUUUUAACUGGUCUCCUGCACUGGCACUACCCAGAGCCCCCAGGGAUCUGGAGCUGUCCCAGUAGCAUGGCACAACUGGGAGCACUGUCUAUGAAGUGGGGACAUCAGGCUGGGAUGAUCAGGCUAAGGAAUGCUGUCCUCUGAGGAAGGAGCAGCAAGGGGGGAUGAGGCCUGGGGAGGCCUUGGGGCCACCCUCGGGGGGCUCUUCCCCAAAGCCCUUUGCCCCAUGGGGCAUUUGAGAGCAGCUGCUCUCUGUUCCUGCUGGCACCCAGCCUCCAGGGCAGAGAGGGGACAGAGUCCCUGCAAAGGGCCACCAGGGAGCAGACUUGGAGGGACAAUUCUAGGCAUGGAGAAGCUGUCUCUGCCAGUACUGUAUGUUGCUAUUCUCACUGUAGGAACGGCUGCCAGGCAGGGGCUGUGGCAGCUCUCUGUGGGGUAGAGGAGAUGACCAAAACCAGCUGGGUUUGAGCUGGUCCCCAUCACAACUUCCACAACUGCUGUCUCGUCCCUCCUUGCCUCGGAGCCAGGCUGUCAGGGGGUGUGGGGGGUGUUGUGUGACACUGCCCCAGGCAUCCACUCUGUGCCUGCAGGGAGCUGAGCUCCCUCGGUACCAAUGCACCCCUCUUCCCUUUGCAGGGAGAGAGCACCCCCAUGUCCUCAGAACAGCUGGGGCAAGAGGAUCUCACACUACUCAUCACCACCACCUCUGGGUGCCUCAGAGCUGUGGGCAGGGAGGUGUGCCCAGAGCCCCCAGCCCCUUUCUUGCCUGGAUUCCCCACCCAGCUGAGCAUGUUCAGGGCUGCUUCCAGCACAGCAUUAACUCCCUGCAGUCUUACCUUGUCCUCCCCCAUUCUCUGUGGCAGCUGUGCAGCUCCUUCAUGCACAGAGGAAUACACUCAGCAAUGCAUAGCCCAAGCAGGAGAAAUGUACCCCCUGCAAUCACUGAAUCAGCUCAAAAAUCUGUUGCUGGCUGCAGGAUGGCUUCAGGCCUUGGUGUUUGCCACCAGCUGUCCUGGAUGGCUCUCGGCACGGCUGCA